UUAGGUUAUCCCUUUUUUAUUGACCAUUGUUGUGUAUCAAACCCAUUUUCAGCCAUAUAGUUCUUUGGGGUACUCUGGCUAUUGAUACUAUCACAUUCGAUUCUCUUUUCUAUUAGUAAUGAGAUCUUUUUAUGUCCCUUUGCUUUUCUCUUUUGUUUUGGUGGCUUACUAAUACUGGGGAUUGUUCAAGGAAGUGCGAUUGGUGACUUUGUGAGCCUGUGCGAGGACAUACAGAGUAAAAUACCACACUUCUACUCACACUACUAGUGUUAUGAGCCAGGGCAAAAUAAUUCCCCUGCUCAGAAUUAGCUCGGUUCCUGAAAUGAUCUUUACCGGUAAAUUGUGCAAUGCUGUCACUAUUCCUUAUUUAGACCCGAAUCCAUCCGAAAUAAACAACCCAACUACAUCUGAAAACAAAUCUCUCAUCUGAUAAUUAGUGUCUACUGUGUGCACCGCGUUCAAUGCGGCGAAUAGAUGGAUCGGUAGAUUGGCUUCCUCUACAUCUUGACUUCCUCAAAAGUUGACAAGAAUCAAGAUGAGUCAUAAGCGGCACAGCAUGGUCAGACUUGCAAUCAGACACACUUCUCCAGAGCCCAAACAGGAGCUACACAGAGAGCACCAUGAGCCUGGGGAGAGUGAUCUACACCUUGUUGGAGGUGCUCAUCGCUGUCAGCUGCUGCCUGGGAAACAUGUUGGUCAUCUUGGCUCUGUGGACCAGUAAGAGCCUUCAGCUGCCCACCUUCUGCCUCAUCGUCUCUCUGGCAGCCGCCGACUUCUUGGUGGGCUGUGUGGCCAUACCGCUGGCUGUGCUGGUGGACGGACGAAUGGACACUUCGUUUCACACUUGUCAAUUCAUCUGCUGCGUGGUCAUCCUGCUGAUGUCGGUCUCAGUUUUGUGUCUUGCGGCUAUUGCUGUGGACCGUUACCUCCGCGUGUGUAUCCCCCUCAGGUACAAAAGGACAAUAAGGCGGAGACAUUCGUGGCUUGUGGUAGCAGCAUGUUGGUUUAUUGCAAUACCGCUAAGCUUUGCUCCCCUGCUCGGAUGGUACGACGACAAAACCUUGCCUUAUUCAAUCAACUCCACAAUCGAGUGCCGGUUUACAUCCGUUAUCCCCAUGGCAUACCUGGUUUACUUCGACUUCUUCCUCUGCACUUUGACACCGCUGUUGAUUAUGACCAUUUUGUACGUCCUGGUGUUUUACAUCAUCCGAGGAAGCCUGAGAGAGAAACCAGGUCGCAGUGUUAAGAGACCAUCUCUGAACUACCUGAGGAAAGAGAAGCAGCUGGCCAGGUCCCUGGCUCUGGUCCUGGCUCUGUUUGCUCUGUCCUGGCUCCCGAUCCACAUCAUGAACUGCAUCGCUUACUUCACUGUUCCUGAGAACUUCCCCGAAACUGCUUUUCACGUUGGCAUCCUGCUCUCUCAUGCAAACUCGGCCGUGAACCCGGUGGUGUAUGCGUUCAAAAUACAGAAGAUAAGGAGAGGGUACCUGCAGAUCUGGACACGGUUCAUUGCAUGUGGGAGUGAGAAUAAAGGAUCGCAGUCCGGUUCUGCUGAGAACAACAAUCAGAGCAUCAACAGUGGGACCAACGACGAAUAAAGGCAGAGUUCCAUGUUUGUGAGUGUCUGUUCUUAAGGGCGAAGUUUGAGUGACUGAAGAAAGUAUGAAUAUAUUUAGGCGUGUGCACUGAGAGAUUUGAUUCGCUGAUGUUUAGGAAUGUGUGUGCGUAUCUUUUUACAGUGUGUGUGGGUGUUUGGGUGUGGGGUUGCUUGUGUGUUGUAAAAACUGCUGCAAAGGAGAAAAAUAUGAACUUCCGCUUGUUUUAAAAGCUCUUGUUUUUAAACUCUCGCUAUUUAACUCCAAGUUUCAUAUCACUGUUGUUUUUCUGUUUCUGUUUUCCCCAAGUUCCAGUUCUUUAUAUUCACUCUUGGAAAUUACCUUCACUGCCUCUUAUUGUAUGUUAACCAUGUGUGUCCACACAAACUGAUUGUUGAAGUAAUUUUUAUAGCAUUUAUUGCAAAGUUGUACAAAUCUUCAUAUUUACUGUUGUGUUUAUUGUAUCGCUGAUACACAAGCAUAAAUUAUACAAAAAAUAUAUAUAUAAAAAAUAAACUUAUUUUACAGCAUGCAGAAAA